AUGUACGCGUAUAUCCAGCCCGCCUGCCUUUGGCUGUCAGCGCACAUCAAGUCAUGUAUCCGGAAGCAUGUACCGGAGACAGAGUUCAUCGACAACUUCAACGACUUGCCAACCGACUCCUCAAAGCUCUUCCAGUUCUGUGAUGGCUGGGCUCUGAAUCGAAAUUUCGCGGCUAUGAACUCUGCAAAGACAGCUCUGAUCAAUGCAUAUCCCAAUAGCGAUGCCCUAGCCCGAAAGGACUAUCUCGCGCGGGUUGUGGAGUUCUGGACGGCUAAGAGGCCAAACAGCAUCCUCAAGGGUCAUGUGCCCCAAACUGUCCGCCUGUCUCUUGACUACGCUGAGUACGUUGACGAAGCUCUGACAGCCGCUGAUGACCUUUCACUACUCUAUUCUCUGGAGGAGAACAAGGACAAGCCUGCAUCGGAGCGCGAAUGGUGGAUCAUGAAGCCCGCAUUGGUUGAUUGUGGAGCCGGUAUCCGACUCUUCAGUACCGUGGAAGAGCUCGCUAGCCACCUUGAGCUCGCCGAGUACGAGAUAGACGACGACAAUGAGAGUGAACCGACCGGGAAUAUUCAGGAAGCUAUGACAAAUUAUGCCGUGGAGCCAGAGCGGUGUAACUCCCAUGAGUUCUCGCCGACUCUGUCAACCCCGGGUCUGGACUCCUUGGAUGCUUUGAUCACUACCAUGGAGGCCACGUCCCUCAAGACAACGUCGAAUGGCGCUCAAAGGAGCCCGAAGCUACAGUACGUAUUCAAGGAGGGUGGACGCAUUCCAUCCGCCCAGAUGCGUGAAUUCGUGGCUCAGAGAUACAUCGUCUCCAUUCCGCCUGUGGACAACAGAAAAUGGCAUGCUCGAGCAUAUGUUCUUUCUAUGGGACGUCUUAAAGCCUACGUCUUCAAGGAAAUGCUUGCACUUCUUGCUGGAGAGGACUAUGAACCUCCAUGGUUAAGUCCUAGUCUCAGAUCAUCAUUGACAAAUACGGCUCUUCAGGAUGAAGACGUGUUCACUGAGAAAGAAUCGAUGAGAGACUUUUGGGCAAUAUCCGACGAUUUGCUUCCCGGAGAUUGGAAAAAUCGUGUCUUUAACCAGAUAUGCAGUAUCUCUGCCGAAAUUUUCCGUGCCGCUGCUCAUACCAUGGCGGACAAGUUCACCACUAUGAACAAGUGCUUCGAGCUGUUUGCUGUUGACUUUCUCAUCGACACAAACGGAAACACAUGGCUUCUGGAAGUCAACGAGACGCCAGCUUUCUACGACGUGGGAAUUGCGGGGCCUUUGGCAUUGCGUCUCAUGGAUUCGGUCAUGUGCGUGGCUAUGGAGCACAUGCACAAGGCUCAACUUGAUGACGAUAAAACUGCUGCUGCAAAGGCGCGAUUCGUCGAGGUGUUGGAUGAGACGGAUAAUCUAGCCAAGAGCAACAUCACAGAGAUCUUGCCAGAGAACUAG